UUUGCUGCUCCUGCGGCUGAGUUCAUCAUCGUGUUGAAGAGCAGGAUCAUGGCUCAGGUGUUUCUCAGGAGGUUCUUCAGCUUCAGGCGGAUGUUCUGCACUCAGAGAACUUCUCCUCUGACCAUGUGCGAGCAGGAGGACGGGAUCAGGAGAAUCAUCUUGAACAACCCGAGGAAGAGGAAUGCCUUGUCUCUGGCCAUGCUGAGCUCUCUGCAGGAGAACCUCCUGAGCGGUGUAGAUGACUCGGACCUGAGGGUCAUCAUCAUAUCAGCGCAGGGUCCAGUGUUCUCCUCGGGUCACGACCUGAAGGAGCUGACCUCGGCCUGUGGCAGAGAUCAUCACACCACGGUGUUCAGGGUCUGCUCAGAGGUCAUGACCUUGAUUCAGGACCUCCCAGUCCCUGUGAUCGCGAUGGUGAACGGCGUCGCCACGGCAGCAGGAUGCCAGUUAGUGGCCAGUUGUGAUAUCGCCGUGGCGACGGAGAGGUCGAGCUUCGCGACCCCAGGCGUGAACGUGGGUCUGUUCUGCUCCACUCCCGCCGUGGCGAUCGGAAGAUCCGUUCCCCGGAAGGUUGCGAUGGAGAUGUUGCUGACGGGCCGCGCGCUCACGGCGCAGGAGGCUCUGCUACACGGGCUGGUGAGUGCGGUGGUGCGGGAGGAGCGUCUGGAGGAAGAAACGCUGGCCAUCGCACGCCGGAUCUGCGAGUCCAGUCGCCCCGUGGUGGCUCUCGGGAAAGCGGUGUUUCAGAGGCAGAUGGUGCAAAGUCGAGACGCUGCAUACGUCACCGCGACAACCGCCAUGGUGGACAACCUGGAGCUCCGUGAUGGUCAGGAGGGAAUCCAGGCUUUCCUGGAGAAACGCAGACCUCUGUGGAGCAACAGCACUGAGAAAGUACACGACUGACUGUAGCAACAUCACACACACACACACACACACAGCUCUAAAAAUAUCUAACAGCUCUCUGUUUAUUCAUAAUCGAUUUUAAAUCUUUGUCACGAAAACAUUUGAAUUCCAUUAAAGUGCUGUUUUCUGAUUAAAGAGAAUGUAAAAGUGUGAUGAUGUGUUUGGAUUUAAACUGCAAUAAAAACUGGAAAAAGAACAAGAA